GAUAUCUCGCGCCACACGCGUUCAAAUACUUCAUGAGCGGGCGAUGACGUAGCACAAUGCGCGGUCUUAGUGCAUUGUGGGAUAGUGGCGAGCUCUGAGGCGGUGAAUGUUGACUACGGAACCGCUGAAAUGGAUGUGUUCUUAAUGAUCAGGCAUCGCAAAACCACAAUCUUCACAGACGCCAAAGAAUCAACAACUGUCUAUGAGUUAAAAUGCAUUGUGGAGGGCAUUCUGAAGCGGUCCGCUGAGGAACAGAGACUAUACAAGGAUGAGCAGCCUCUAGAAGACAGUAAGACACUUGGAGACUGCGGCUUCACAAAUCAGACAGCCAGACCACAGGCUCCUGCGACUGUAGGACUGGCCUUUCGUAUCAGUGAUGAUGCAUUUGAGCCCCUGCAGGUGGAACCAUUUUCCAACCCUCCUGAACUUCCUGAUGUUAUGAAACCACAGGACUGUGGCAGUACAGCCAAUGAACAGUCAGUGCAAUGAGCUGCACAUUAAUGACUAGAGUAUCAGGAGUGUACUAAAGCGGAGCAAAGUGAGGACUGAUACUUGGCGUAAAGAUGCUGCAGAUGGACAUUUGAAGUCUGGCUGCCACUAACCAUUGAACUAAGCCAGUAAUAAAUAUCCAGAGAAUCACUAAUGAAUAAGUUUAUUUAUAUUUUAUUUGGACUGAAACGCAUUUUUUUUUCCCUAAAUUGACCUCAUUUUGUAAAUUUUUUUUUUUUUUUUUUUUUCUGUGACUAAAUUACAUCUGACACAUUUGAAAAUGGAAAUGUUUUUCUUCAAAAUGACUGGUUUCUUUAUUUAGAAAAAUAAUUGGGGUUUAAUAGCACAAAUGUCACAUGGGGCAAGUUUGGUUGACAGGUUUGAAAUGCAAAUUUACAUGUUUCAGUUUUAACAUUUUAACAUGAAUUUGUGCAGUAAACCUGUUAUUGUGUUGUCUUUUUAAAUUGCUUUAAAUUUAUGUUUUAUCCUUC